AUGGUCUCUACCCGCUCAAAUUCAAGCAAAUUGCCCCAAGGAGUAGAGAGGGAUGAUAACAGGAUCAUAGUAGUCGUGACUGGUGCCAAUAGUGGUUUCGGUCUAGGUAUAUGCGAACAAUUACUGUCCAAUCUCUCUUUACCUCCCUCAACUAGUAUACCAAUAUCAACACCUCAACUUACCGCUCUACCACCCUCGUUACGAAACAACUUUGAUGAGGUUGAGCUGGACGAACCUACCAAAUAUAUAGGAGAAGAACCACCGACGUUGACUUUGAUAUUGGCCUGCCGAAGUGAGGCGAAAGCACUUGAGGCUAGACGGAUAUUGCUGGAAAAGCACGAGCAGGAGUUGAAGGAAAGACAGGAGAUAGGUGGGGAAGAAGUGAGGAAAGGCUGGAAAGAGGGUUUGAGGAUCGUUUGGGAAGGUGUGGAUCUGGAUAAUCCCGGUGGAGGGAAUGGGGUUCUAGGAUUUUGUGAGAGAUUGAAGAUAAAAUACCCCCACAUCACCACGCUCUACCUCAACGCAGGUAUGGGCGCGUUCUCCGGAUUAGACUGGAUAGCGUUCUUCAAGCAGAAUAUACUAGAGGGUCUACCCCGGGCCCAGAGUCUACCUAAAUAUCAGUAUGAGAUCAAAGGUGCGAUGAGCUCGGAUGGUGAGAGGGGUCUGGUUUGGGGCACCAACGUGUUGGCUCCUUAUAUCAUGGCACAGGAGCUUAUCCCAUUACUACGACGAUCACCCCCAUCACUCCCUUUCCAACCUCGAAUCAUAUACACCUCAUCGUGUACAUCAUCCUUCUCCAAACUCUCUCCAGAACCACUCAACGAUUACCAACUGAUCAACUACGAGAAAUCAUACUCUGCAAGUAAAUAUAUGGGUGACCUGAUAAUGGCUCAGCUUGAUAAACAGUACGGUUCGCCAUCAUCAAACAUUGAAGGGGUGGAGAAUCAGAUAAGGCCUGUCAGAGCUUUCACGGCUGAUCCCGGAUGUGUCGCCACCAACUUCUUCAUGAAUGGUUUCGGGUUGAUCCUCUGGUGGGUCAAGAUUAAGUUCUUCUUCUAUCAUUGGUCAUUCGUACUUUGCCGUCUGCUAGGAUCGACCAAACAUCCCGUAUACGCCGAUCAAGGUGCAUUGCCAAUGUUAUACGCUGCACUCAUACCUGAGAAAUACCUUUUACCAUCGGACCAAAACCCAGCUCAGAGAUUCACGGUGAUCUCGCAGAGAUGGGGUGAUACGAAAGUGGGAUACGAGGAAGUGGACGAAUGGGAGAAAGGAGAUGAGCUGGGUAAAGGGUUUAUGGAAGCUUGUGAGAGCCAUAGAAGGGAAUGGAGGAGGAGAGAGGGUCUUGAGUGA